AUGUUGACGUUUCUACGAGAGCACAACUACAACGUUUCGAAACAUAUCAGUUCCAAUCUGCUGAUGGCUAUCAUGGUCCUCUGCACGAGUGUCUUGACCUUUGGUUUCGAAACCUCGAUUCUAUCUUCCAUUCAGGCCAUGGACUCUUUCGAAAGAAGAUUUGGUGACAUCAAUCCGGUUACGGGGAAGUAUUCCAUGUCUGCAAACAAGCUCGCUUACCUGAAUUCCUUCCCCCUCAUCUCGUAUGCCAUUGGCGUCAUUGUAGCUGCGCAGAUCAGCGAGAGAAGAGGCCGUCACGUUAUUCUCUUGAUUAUGAACACCAUCUGCAUCGGAGGUGUCUGUCUGUCGCUCUUCGCCAAAAACUAUGGACAGUCAUUGGGCGGCAGAAUGCUUAUACAGACACAUGUAGGCAUGGAAGCUUACCUCGUGCCCAUGUUCGUUGCCGAGCUUGCGCCAGCCGCCAUCCGAGGUUCUAUGGUUGCGACGUAUGCCCUCUCGCACAUUUUUGCCGCCUUUCUCGGAGCCAUUGUCACGAACUUUACCAGCCGAAUCGACGGCGACGCGAGUUGGCGCAUCCCUGUGGGGUUGAUCAUGAUAUUUCCUGUCCUCGCCUUGGCUUUCAGCUUCCUGGUACCCGAGUCUCCUCGUUGGCUGCUCCGUAAGGGACGCUUUGACGAGGCUGCCGACAGCAUAUAUUAUCUUCGAGGCGCCGUCAAAGAGUACCCUGCUGAGGCGGAGGCUCAACUUAUACUCGAGACGAUCGAAAACGCAGCAGCCCAGGGGCGUUGGAGGGAUCUGUUCAGGGGCACCAAUACUCGCCGAACUUGGGUUGGUAUCCUCGCCGCAGCCUCCACGCAAUUGACUGGCCAAACCUUCGCCAGCAACUAUGGCACAGUCUUCCUGAAGUCACUGAAUAUCAUGGAUCCGUUCACGGCUACGUUAAUCAAGCGCUCAAUCAUCCUGGUUGGUUGCGUCUUCGUUAUUUUGUUUGUCGAGCGCCUUGGCAGGAGGCGGCUCAGCCUCAUCGUCGGUUCAUUGUGCGGAACUUCUUUACUAGUCAUGGGAGGACUCGGCACCGUUGCCUCGCGCUCCACCGUCGAGAACAAUACUCUUCUCACCAUGACCAUUCUUUUCCCCGUGUUCUACAUGGUCGGCUUCGGCUCCACGAUGCAAGUUGUCAAGUCAGAACUUCCACAUACAAGUCUCCGCGACAAAUCCAUCAUGAUCCAGUUGAAUGUCGCAAAUGCGUGCAACUUUCUCACAACGUUCACUCUCCCCUACUUGCUGGAAGCGCCAUCUCUUGAGGAGAUCGAUGAGAUGAUGGACGCCAAAGUGCCAGCCCGGAGAACUCGGAGCUGGAAGUCGUCUGGCUUGGGCUCCAAGCUGACCGAAUUGGGCAAUGGCAACAUCAGGCUGUGA